AUCUAAAACCUGCAGGACACCGGCCCUCGAGGCCUGGACUUGGACGCCCCUGCUGUAGAUACUUGCAUUAACAGGUAAGCCCACAGUCUGCGAAAUGCUUCCCGGUUCAUUUCUGGCGGCAGACUGCUUCUCACAUCUGUACUGCGCAUCUGUCCACAGCGACGUCUGAACAGCUGCUCACGCUCCCUCACCUGUCUGGACCAGGAGAUUAAACAGUAUAACUGACUCAGCUCAGAAGAUCAUUUUUCCAUCAUGAACACCAAGCUAACCAAAAGCAGGCAGAGAGCCAUCUGCUCUGAGCUGGGGAGAGUCAGGCUGCAGCUGCUGUACAAGGCCAGCGUCCACGGCUUCACCGGUGAAGCAUUUCACCAACAAUGUGACCACCGCUCUCCCACUGUGUCCGUGGGUUACAACAACUCUGGUUUUGUGUUUGGAGGCUACACCAAACAACCUUUUAAUCAGUCUGGAGGGUUUGUGAAUGAUGAUAAAGCUUUUCUUUUUACCUUCACUGGGGAGCAGCUCCUCAAGUAUCCCGUCACUGGUCCUGAAAAUGCAGUGAAAAUGAUCGGAAACUCUGGACCUUAUUUUGGAGAAGCACUGGUUCUUGUCCAUGGAAGCAAACCAGUAGCGUACAGCAGUCCAGGAGAUGAUUACAACUUCACUGCUGCAGAGAUGCAUGGCAAUGAUCUCAACCUGACGGAGUGUGAAGUCUACCAAGUGGAGGAAAGCACUGAACUUGAGAGGCCAUGGAGGACGAUAAUGUGGGAGUUUGAGAAGAGGGAGGAGCUGAUUGAGAGCAUUAAGAGCUACAAACCCACAGUCAGCUCUGUGACCCAGGCUCGGGUUUUGCUCAUCGGACCAGUCGGAGCUGGAAAGUCCAGCUUCUUUAACUCUGUCAACUCUGUAUUCAGAGGCCACGUCACCAGCCAGGCCAUAUCUGGCUCCUCCUCCACCAGCCUCACCACACAGUUUCGCUCGUACUCUGUGAAAGCCGGGCGUGAAGGGAAACCUCUGCCGAUAAUCUUGUGCGAUACCAUGGGGCUGGAGGAGAGCAAAGGGGCGGGGCUUGACAUUGAUGACCUGAACAGCAUCCUCAAAGGUCACCUGCCCGACUGUUAUCAGUUCAACCCUUCAGCUCCUCUGCAUCCUGAGGCCCACGGCUAUCGCAAGUCUCCUGGACUCAAACACAAGAUCCACUCCGUGGUUUAUGUCAUUGAUAGCUGUAAGAUCUCCAUCAUGCCCACGGGGCUGGAGGAGAAACUGGACGCCAUCGGCAGAAAGGUCAACUUAAUGGGUAUUCCUCAGCUGGUGCUCCUCACUAAAGUAGAUGAAGCCUGCCCACUGGUGAAAGAGGAUGUGAGAAACAUUUACAAGAGUGGCUACAUUAAGGACAUGAUGCAGGAGGUCGGCUCCCGGCUCGGCGUGCCGUUGUCCUGCAUCAUUCCGGUGAAGAACUACAGCGAGGAGUUGGAGGUGGACACUGACUGUGACAUCUUGUUGCUCAGCGCCGUCAUUCAGAUGCUUCGCUUUGUUGAUAAUUACUUUGAUGAGCUCAGUGACCGAAUGAGCAACAUGCAAACCAAAGAGGUGUGCCCCACCUCUCGCCCUAUGACAGCUGGGAUAGACCCGAGCACCUCCGCCUUCCCGACAAGGAUAAGCACGGACGGUUCUGCCGGAUGGAGCCUCUAGCCUGGACGGGAUCCACAAUAACACGUUACAUGAUACCGAGUGUGGUUGAUCACGUAAACUCUUUCGCUGGCCUAAAAGCCAGUAAGCCAAUAUGGAAUCCAGGUGGUGUCACAUGGUGGAAGUGCCGUCGUCGCUUUGUGGGAUUUGAGUAUUAUUCUUAUGGUUUGUUAGAUUUACUGAUCAUUGUUUCCAAGUCUUUGAUUUCCGUUUCUACUUGUUUCUACUUCAUGGUUGUUCGCGUGGUAGAGUUGAUCUUUUUCUCUCUCUGCUCGACGUUGAACGUGGAGAUCCUUCACCGUGCUCUUUUUUUUUUUUUUUUUUUUUUGCUAACGGUUGUAUGUGCUUAAGUCGUUGAUCUUUCUCCUCCUUUCAGUUCUGGUCUUUGUUCCUUAGAUUCCUGCUUCGGGUUGCUGCUGUGUACAUUUUGGGUUUGCAACAAUAAAGGUUGUUGAGCAGUUUGGCUUCGUUGUCGUGAAUCCGAGUCACACAGUUUCCACUUUCCCCCUGAGCUCUGUAGUGUUGAUACACUGAGGUAACUGAGAAAUUCCUGUAAGCUUUACACUUAUAAUGCUUUUUAAAUAGAAAUUUCAGUAAGUUUAUAUUCAGUUAGGUUUAUAUGUUCUAUGACUGGUAAAUGACCAUUUAUGACUUACAAGGACAAAGUUGCAUCAUUUUAAAUAUGAGGAUCAUUUGAAUAAAUCAGUAACUGCCUGAAGUCUAAAACCCACAGCCAUCAAAUGUUGCAUUUGGCCUUCAGACGUUCUCUGCUGAAUGUAACCAGCUGUAAACUCUCUUCAUCCAUUGUUCUUGAUGGAAAUAAUUCUGUCAUCAUCAAACCCACUUUUUGCAUCAGGGUCUUUUUGGGUCUCAUCAAAGGAAAAGCAGUGAAAAGGCACCAAACACAAGUUCAAAACUUGGAAAAACUCCAGAUAUUUUGUAUGUUUAGUUUGUGAUGGGAUAACAAAGAUAAAAGUGGCUGAAACUUACAAUUCCUUAAAUUUAAGCUGAAAGUCUGAUUUGAUGAUUUCAAAUCCACAGAGGUGAAAUCUGCGUCAUUGUCUGAACACUGAUUGGUGCAAAUGCCAAACCAACAUCUGGAGUUUAGUUUGAAUAAGUGACCCAGCAUGGACUAUGUUUGGGAAUACACAAGCUCAAAUGACUUUGGAACAAUAUGAAGUUUUAUGAGUCUACUUAUAACGGGAAAACGUUGCAUAUCUGCAUUUACCUGCCAAUACCUGCACACGUGUGUGUCAGUGUCAGUAUUCUCCUUUUCUAUUAAAUCUCAAAGUGCACAAACAAAGAGAAAAACUGAUAUUUAUUAAUGCAGCUCAGACAGUUACUGUACAGCAAACGGCGUUUGAGUCGGACCAGCAGACGAGCAGUCCCUCCCUCCCAGUGUAACAGGACUGUGGCGUCACAGCCACCUGUAAACUACACACCUGUAACCCGACUCAGCGCCUGCUUGUGCAACAUUAAAAUGAACAGAGUUUAGAGGAGGUUAGAAACUGCCGGCUGUCCUCUCAGCAUCAAUAAUCAUCAGCUACAAAGUAACUUUCAAACAAACACACGUUGAAAUAGUGUUUCAAAUAUCAGUGUUGCAUUAGUGCACAUAAUAGACGGGGAGCUCUCUCCGACAUUGAACUGCUUUGUA